ACGUGACAUCAGUCUCCACAUUUGACAGGAAUAUAUCGCACAUCGCCUCAUUUUUCUAGUCAGACGCAGAGGACAAGACACGGCAUCCACCAUGAUGAAAUUGGUGCUACUUACCCUCCUGGUGCUGGCAGCUACUGAAGCCAAAUACAAGAAGAGCAAGAAGAAUCUUGAGAGGAAACCAGGUUACAUCGUCAAACGGCAAGCAACCACAUGCGGUGAGAACGAGUUCCGGUGCAACAACGGCGUUUGCAUCCAGGACGAGUGGACCUGCGACACGGAGCGCGACUGCCGCGACGGUUCUGACGAGAUCAACUGCCCCACCGACUGCAGUGGAGAGCACGAGGUAAAAUGUCGUAACGGUCAGUGUAUUCCCUCUGAGUACCGAUGUGAUGGCGACGAUGACUGUGGCGACAGCACCGAUGAGAUCGACUGCCACAAAGUCACCUGUCCGGCCGGUGAGGUGCAGUGCGACAACUUCCUGUGCAUUGAGGAGACCUGGCUGUGCGAUGGUCAGGACGACUGUCGUGACGACUUCGACGAACGUAACUGCGUGGGCUCGUGCAGAACGGAUCAGUUCAAGUGCGCAGACGGCUCGCGCUGCAUCGACGCACGCUGGAAGUGUGACGGGGAGGAUGACUGCGGCGACUCCAGCGAUGAGCUCACCUGCGAAUGCAACGCAGACACUGAGUUCAAGUGCACCAACGGCCGCUGCAUCCCCAACAGCUGGAGAUGCGAUGCCGACAACGACUGCGGCGAUGUGUCCGAUGAGGCCCACUGUCCAACUCUCCACCCCAGCCUUUGUGGUGACAUGAUGACAGCACGUGACUGUGCCCUGAUGAACGAGACCGUGACCCCGAUCUGUCUCAGUGAGGAGGAUGGCUUCAAGUUCUGCCGCAAGUUCUGUAACCUUUGUACAACCGGCACUUCCGGUUAAGGUGACGGGAAGCUGGAGUUUUCUCACCUGGCCGCUUCGUAGUCUUGUCUCUCCUCCUCCUCCUCCCUCAUUAUUUGUGUAACCCGACGUUCUGCAAGAAACGGAAGUAGUUGUUACUAGUGCGCGCAGUACACGUGUAUGUGCGGGUGGCUUUAAAGGGUAUACAUAUAUAUGUGUCUAUCAUUCGUAAACAUUUUGGUUGGUAUUCAUUUUUGUGUCUGGAGAGAAAGGCUCCGAAUAAAUGUUUUUGUGUUA